AUGGCAGCACAAGCACUGAGAACGGCCACGGCAGCCGCACGAACAGCCGGAGCGUCCCUGCACCCCUCCCCAUCCUCAUCAUCUCGACUCGCCACUCUCGCCCGUACCGCCGCCGCAACACGCUCCGGAGCCCUUGUCACCUUCCGAGCAUUCUCCACUACGCCCUUGCGAUCACUCACGUACACCGCCGCCCUUCCCUCCGACUCCUUCUCUCGUCCCGCCCCUCCUUCUCUCCCCCCACACCUCCAACGCGAAUUCGAAGAACUCGUCAAGCGCGCUCAAACGCCCGCUGCAUCCGACGUCAAGCUUGAAGAGGGAGAGGAGGUUUUGCAUCCGGAUUUGCGGAGGAAACCGAAGCCCCAGUUUGAGGGAGACCGAAAUCCGGAGACGGGCGAGGUUGGUGGGCCGAAGAACGAGCCGUUAACGCAUGGCGACUGGUCGUACAGCGGCAGGGCGACUGAUUUCUGA